CCUUUCGUGGUGACGUCACAUCGGAGGAAACCAAACAAAGGCGAAGUGACGCCUCAGUCAGUCCGUCCGGAAAGUUCUGGACGGGUUCAAAUCUCGAACAAAGUCACAACUAAAGUCAGUAGGGUUGUGUUUUUGUUUGCUCGGGACGAUUCCGGAUGUGAAAAAAAAGCCGUUCGGCUUCGUUGCAUCAGCUUUGUUUUUCCGCCUCUGUCGCUUGUUUGCGCAACCCGAGAAGGAGACGUCACCGCUGGUCAGUGGAGUGCAAGUGUGGCCGCUAGCAUAACUGGUGACAUGGCCGCUGUGGCUUGUUAGGUGUCACGGUCUCUCCUCUUCUUCUGGAUCUGCAAGAUGAGUGAGGGUGUGGCUCGGCAGCGCCUGAAGAGAUUACUGGAUGAGCCGCAGGACGCCUUACCUAAAUUUAAAAGAAUAUGUGUGGCCCCGCCCCCUCCCGAGACGAGCCCGUCACUCCACCUGAAAGCCAGAAGCCCUUCCCCCAAGCCCAGCCAGAGCCAAUCCAAGGUCCGUGUUGGGUCUUACUUCCUGUUUGAGCGCUAUGAAGGGGAGGAGACGUACAGAGCGGUGCAUGCAGACACGCAGCAGGAGUUCACCUGCCAGAUCCUGCCUCUGCACGGCUACCAGGAGAAGCUCGCCGCCUACGCCCGGCUGGGUCGCCACGACAACAUCUGCAGCCUGCAGGACACGGUGAUCGGGCCGGACAGCGUGCACGUGUUCCUGCCACCUCACCACGGUGACAUGCACGCUCAUUUGCGUAGCAGUAAGCGCUUGGGUGAGGAGGAGGCGGAGCUUCUGUUUGCACAGAUGCUGAAUGCUGUGGCGCACUGCCAUCGCCGCGGCGUGGUCUUACGGGACGUGAAGCUCCGUCGCUUUGUCUUUACCGACAGAUUCAGAACCCGUGUCGCCCUCCUCGGCCUCAACGACUGUGUCGUCCUUCAGCGUGACGACGACUCCCUCACGGACAGACACGGCUGCCCCGCCUAUGUUGGCCCGGAGCUGCUGGACAGCAACAAGGCGUCUUAUUCAGGCCGGGCGGCAGACAUUUGGAGCCUGGGCGUGUCCCUGUACACGAUGCUCAUCGGACGAUACCCGUUCCAGGACACGCGCCCCGCCGCCCUGUUCGCCAAGAUCCGCCGUGGAUCCUUCAGUCUACCCGGUUGGCUAUCGCCACAAGCUAAAUGUCUAAUCGGCUGCAUGCUCAGGAAGUCACCUGCAGAGCGUUUGGAAGCCUCUGAGCUGUUGGCGCAUCCUUGGUUGAGCAGCCAGUGCACUUGGUUCCGUGUGGAUCAGCGUGGUUCCAGCAGAGCGUUGCAGAGGAAACAAGAAGAUGACGACCAGGUAGUGCCGACGUUCACCAAAGAACACUAAAAAAAAAAAACAACAAACACCUCCUGGAUUACUUGAGCCUCAAGUGCCUUCAAUAAUAAAGACAGUGGAACCUCCGAGAUCGUUUUGUGUUCCGUUUGGCUUUCAAAAUCAAUUCUUCUAUUCACAUUUGUAGUAAUUUAAAUGUUGUACAUUUAACCAUCUUAACUACCACCCACUAAUAUUAUGUCAAGCAUAUAGUACUCUACCUCUCGAUCACAGGUGACAAGCAUAACUGAAAUGCGCCAAUCACAGAAGAUCGACAUGCAAAUCCUUUCCUCUAUGAACGGACAGGAAGCAGAAACUUCAUGUAAAAAAAAAAAAACGCCAACGCUAAACCUGACUUAACGGAAGGAAUACUUCUGCAGGAUGAAAAUAACUGCUUUGAGUCCCCCCCCCCAAAAAAAAAUGUGUUCUACCUCCCGAUUUUACAAGCUUUAAGGCAUUGGAGGAUGUAACGUAUUUAAAGGGACGGUGAACAUGACAACCUCUGUGUGGAGAUGAUCUUUUUGACUAUUGUUUUACGAAAAAAGAUUGAUGAAUGACCCACCUGGAACCAACCAAUCGUGAGAGACCUACUUCUGAUUUGAACGACAUGAGGAAUAAACAUGUUUCACAAACCGCUCCAGAGAUA